UUUUUCUUUUCCCAAUAUCAAGCCCCACUGUCGUCAACUUCUUCUCCGGCGCCGAUCACUUCUUCGACAAGAAUGGCACGAGUUUAAGAUCUUCUCACCCUAUUUCACUUUAUCAACCCAAAUUCGCCGAGAAAUGCCCCAAAAUCCCUGAAACUAAAGCCCACUUUCGAACUCUUCUUUCGCCAGAUCUCUGUCAGCAACCGUUAAACCGUCUUGGUUUUUUUGUAAUGUGAUUCUUCUUAUCAGUGGCUACCUUUUGCUUGUUCAAAUCUCCAAACAAAGAUUGGAAAUCCUAAGUCGUAGAAUUUUCUGGACUUCAAGCCCUCGUCGCCACAUCUUCUUUAUCUGCAUGCCUCGUCACCCCACCUUCACUAUCAACUUGAAAUCUCCAUCAAUCAACCCAAAAUUAAUAUCUAAUGCAACCUUUUAUUUUAUUUUCAUAAACUAUAACCUUGAAAUUUUAUUUUCUAUUAUUGUGAAAAAUGAUUUGGAGUUUGACAUGAAAAAUAAAUUAACAUGGAUUAAUUUAAUUAAUUGGUAAAGAAAGUUUAUAUAAUAAUUUAUUGUUAAGAUAGCAUCACUCACAUUAGAUUAAAUCGAGAACUAAUUAGGAUAUCGAUUUGAAAUAAAAAGAUAGAUUGAUUGACUUACAAAUCGAUUGAAUUGAUAGUUAAAUUAAUUGAAUUAGUUUUUUUUAUUUUAAUAAUUUAUCUAAUUGAAUUGAUCAAACCAAUCAAACUAAUUGAACCGAAAAGUGAUAAUUUAACUAAUUCAACCAUGAAAGCUUUAGUGACUUCUCCUUUGAUCACCUCUUGACUAUGGUUGCCACGUGUCAUAAUUACUUUGUUACUAAACUAUUAACAACUUGAGGUUUUGAUCACUUAAUUUUAAAAAAUUAUAAAAUAGUCAUUGAACAAAUUAUUUGAAAGUUUUCAUUUAAGUUACUGAGCUGUUAAAAUUAUUGUUAUAUGGCUUUAUUGUUCGCAUCACUUGCACCAAUCGAAAGCUCUCAUUCCUAUUCUCUUUUACCGUUUAAUUUUUUUCAUGAAACAAUUUUAAAUUUUACAAAUUUGUGAAUCAAAAUUCAAAAACUUUCUUUUCAGAUAUCUGACACAGAUCGUUAGAUCAACUUGGAUCAAAUAUAUAUUAUUUUAUUCAUCGAUGUAUAUUAAUCUAUUGUAGUUAUCGUCGAAAUUUAAAGUUUAUUAGUCGAACUUUAAAAAAAUUAACAUAAAUAAUUUAAAUAAAAAUUUUCGGAUAAUUAAGUGAGUAAAAUGAAAUAUUUCGAAUAGUUAAGUGAGUUGAAUAUAACUCAAAUUUCGUUGCUCUGUUGCAAGCGAACUUUCAAAUGCCGCCGAAGAUGGUCGUUUCAUAUUCAACAACUCGCCUCCCUCUCAUCUCCACGGCUCGAAGCGAACUACUUUCAACCCGCCGCGGCUUCCAAACCGGACUCCUCAAAUUGAGAACCGGAUUAAAUUUCCGGACUCAGUGUCUUAAACCCGAACCCUGGUCUAAGCGAAGUUAUUCGGUUAAGCGCAAUGUGGUUAACGAAGAAGAUAGCAUGGAGGAGACUUACAACCCUGUCGACGAUAAGCAGUUCGUCCGGUGGUUCCGGGAGGCUUGGCCUUACCUCUGGGCCCACCGUGGCGGCACUUUCGUUGUUAUUAUUUCGGGUGAAAUCGUCGCGUCUCCCUUUUUGGACGCCAUUUUAAAGGAUAUUGCGUUUUUGCAUCACCUAGGGAUCAGAUUUGUUAUUGUUCCGGGAACUGACGUGCAAAUUGACAAGCUUCUGACUGAAAGAGGGCAUGAACCAAAGUAUUAUGGUAGAUAUAGAAUAACAGACUCAGAAUCGCUAGCUGCCGCAACGGAAGCGGCAGGUGGGAUUCGUCUAAUGAUGGAGGCAAAACUUUCUCCUGGACCAUCCAUAUGUAAUAUUCGUCGACAUGGAGAUAGUAGUCGUUUGCACGAAGUUGGUGUCAGUGUUGCUAGCGGCAACUUCCUUGCAGCCAAGAGAAGAGGAGUAGUUGAAGGUGUUGAUUAUGGAGCAACAGGUGAAGUAAAGAAAGUAGAUGUUGCCCGUAUGCGUGAGAGGCUUGAUGGUGGUUGUAUAGUAAUAUUAAGCAACUUGGGUUAUUCUAGCUCUGGAGAAGUUUUGAAUUGCAACACAUAUGAAGUUGCUACUGCUUGUGCAUUAGCUAUUGGAGCAGACAAGCUUAUUUGCAUCAUAGAUGGUCCGAUCUUGGAUGAGAAUGGAUGCCAUAUUAGUUUCUUGCCAGUUCAAGAAGCAGAUAUGUUAAUCCGUCAGCGCGCCGAGCAAAGCGAAAUAGCAGCUAAAUAUGUGAAAGCUUUUGCUGAAGAAGAUCUCACUUGCCUUGGACAUAAUGAUUUUAUUGCAGCUGCUCACUCUUCGCAGAAUAGGCAGACUCUUAAUGGUGCUCAUAAUCCAACCUUUCAGAAUGGUGUUGGUUUUGACAACAGCAAUGGUUUAUCUGGAGAGCAGGGCUUUGCUAUUGGAGGUCAGGAGCGGCUAAGUCGACUAAAUGGUUACCUUUCAGAGUUGGCUGCUGCAGCUUUUGUCUGCAGAGGUGGUGUACAAAGAGUUCAUUUGUUAGAUGGCACUAUUGGUGGGGUCCUAUUAUUGGAACUAUUCAAACGAGACGGAAUGGGGACAAUGGUGGCCAGUGAUCUAUAUGAAGGGGCUAGGAUGGCUAAGGUAACAGAUCUCGCUGGCAUCAAGCAAAUCAUAAAACCUUUGGAAGAGUCCGGCACAUUGGUUCGCAGGACCGAUGAUGAGCUGCUUAAGGCCAUAGAUUCAUUCGCUGUUAUGGAAAGGGAAGGUCAAAUCAUUGCUUGUGCUGCUCUUUUUCCUUUCUUCAAGGAGAAGUGUGGAGAAGUUGCUUGCAUUGCAGUUUCUCCCGAGUGCCGAGGACAAGGACAGGGGGAUAAAUUGCUUGAUUAUAUUGAGAAGAAGGCGUCCUCACUCAGAUUGGAUAGGCUUUUCCUUCUGACAACUCGGACUGCUGAUUGGUUUGUAAGGCGUGGGUUUACGGAGUGUAGCAUCGACAUGAUACCUGAUGAAAGGAGGAAAAAGAUUAAUCUAUCUCGUAAAUCCAAGUAUUACGUGAAGAAAUUGGUAGCGGAUGGAAGUGGAAUUACUGCCGAUAGAGCAUUUAAAUGAAGCUUCCAACAUAUGCCAGCUGAGUGUACUAGUUCAUAUGGCAAACUCCUGCGGUUGCCAGUUCAAGAUUAGACGCAUAACGUUUUCUUGAGGUGAUAGUUAUGGGCAGGUGGGGAACUCGAAAAAUGAGCUCCUUUAGCAGAAAGUGCAAACCAGGGCUGAAUCUCAUCUAGUGUAAAUUAGAUAUUGCCUAGGUUUUUGUUACGAUUUCUAGUUGAUUAUCGCUAUUGCCAUAAGCCACUUAGUUGUAUUGCUGGUUUAUAGGCGAUUUGUAAUUAACAGUGCUUUUAGAAUAUGAUAAAUAAUAUAUUCUUUUUUUGGUUGA